AUGAUCAAGGUGAAGGUAGAGUUUCUAGGCGGCCUAGAUGUCAUCUCAAACCAUGUUCGGGAGCACAAGGUCACGCUUCCGUUCGAAGAAGGUGAGGCUACCAUGAAAGAUCUUAUUUCUCACGUCACCGAUACUGUCAUAUGCGAUGCCAAAGACAUCCCAGUGUUCAUCGAAGAUGGAACUGUCAGACCAGGUAUUCUUGUAUUGAUAAACGACACUGAUUGGGAACUUGAAGGCAUGGAAGAUUACGAGGUGGAAUCUGGCGAUGUGUUUACCUUCACCUCGACGUUACAUGGAGGCUAA